AUGUUGAUCAAAGUAAAGACACUGACAGGCAAAGAGAUUGAAAUCGACAUUGAGCCAACAGAUAAGGUUGAGAGGAUCAAAGAGCGUGUGGAAGAGAAGGAGGGGAUUCCCCCACAACAGCAGAGACUGAUCUUCAGUGGCAAACAGAUGAAUGAUGAAAAGACGGCCAGCGACUACAAAGUGACAGGAGGCUCCGUCCUCCACCUGGUUCUGGCAUUGAGGGGAGGUUGUGCCAAACAAGAUGUUUAA